AUGUCUGAUUUUCGUGUUCAUCAAGUCCGUUUUUUUCAUUAUGUUCCCAAAGGAAUAACCAACCUUUCUUAUAGUGAGACUAAUCAGAAGCUGGCACUAUCAAGGAUGGAUGGAUCUAUCGAAAUUCUUGGAAAUUGGUACAAAGAAAAAGUAAUUCCAGGUGAUAAAGACCGGUCUGUAGAAGCGUUGGCUUGGGUUGGCAAUCGGCUUUUCUCUGCAGGAUUUUCUGGUGAAGUUUUUGAGUAUGACCUUCUCAGAUUGGCACCAAAGGCCAAAGCUCAUUGCAAUGCUGGUUCAAUUUGGAGUAUGGUGAAGAAUUCCUCAAACACACGCUUAGCAGUUGGAACUGAUGGAGGUGCUGUUGUUCUGUUUAAUAUUGAAAAUAAUGACCUGGAGUAUUUGAAGGCAUUCAGCAAACAAGAAGGUCGGAUCCUUUGUCUUGAUUGGCAUGUCUCUGAAGAUGUGAUUGUUACGGGUGGUGUCAAUAAUAUUCGAGUGUGGAUUUAUCAUUGGACAUUUGCUUUUUUUGCCUUUUGUUUCAUUUCUCUUGCUUUCUGGUUUCUUUUAUUCUUUAUUUUUCUCCAUUUAUUUUUUUUUCUCUUUAAUUUACACUCUGGGUUCUUUUUUUUCCUCCCUCUCUCUCUCUCUGGGUUCAUUUUUUUCCUCCCUCUCUCUCUGGGUUCAUUUUUUUCCUCCCUCUCUCUCUGGGUUCAUUUUUUUCCUCCCUCUCUCUCUGGGUUCAUUUUUUUCCUCUCCCUCUCUCUCUGGGUUCAUUUUUUUCCCCUCUCUCUGGGUUCAUUUUUCCUCCCUCUCUCUCUGGGUUCAUUUUUUCCUCCCCUCUCUCUCUCUCUGGGUUCAUUUUUUUUUCCCCUCUCUCCUCUCUGGGUUCAUUUUUUCCUCCCUCUCUGGGUUCAUUUUUUCCUCCCUCUCUGGGUUCAUUUUUUUUUCCUCCCCUCUCUGGGUUCAUUUUUUUCCUCCCUCUCUCUCUGGGUUCAUUUUUUUUCCUCCCUCUCUCUCUGGGUUCAUUUUUUCCUCCCUUUCUCUGGGUUCAUUUUUUCCUCCUCUCUCUCUGGGUUCAUUUUUUUCCUCCCUCUCUCUCUGGGUUCAUUUUUUCCCUCCCUCUCUCUCUGGGUUCAUUUUUUCCUCCCUCUCUCUCUCUCUCUCUGGGUUCAUUUUUUUUCCUUUCUCUCUCUGGGUUCUUUUUCCCUCCCUCUCUCUCUCUGGGUUCACUUUUUUUCCCUCUCUCUCUCUCUGGGUUCCUUUUUCCUCCCUCUCUCCUCUUUUUUCUCUCUCUGGGUUCAUUUUUUUUCCUCCCUCUCUCUCUGGGUCCCUUUUUUUUUCUCUCACUGUUCUUUUUCUCUCUCUAUAGGUUCCUUUUUUUCUCUCUCUGGGUUCCUUUUCUCUCUCUCUCUCUCUGUUUUUUUCUCUCUCUCUCUCUGUUUUUUUCUCUCUCUUUGGGUCCCCUCUUUCUCUCUCGGUUCCUUUUCCUUGUCUCUCUCACUCUCUGUGUUCCUUUUUUUCUCUUUCUAUGGGUUCCCUCUCUCUUGCUCUGGGUUCAUUUUUUUUGUCUCUCUCUCUGUCCACUCUCUCUCUCUCUCUCUCUCUCUUGGUCCCCUCUUUCUUUCUGUGUCUCCUCUCUCUUUCUCCGUUCCUUUUUCCUCUCUCUCUCUCUUUGUUCCUUUUUUUUCUCUCUCUCUCUCUCUCUCUUUUUCUUGGUUCCUUUUCUAUCGCUCUCUCUCUCUCUCUGGAUUCCUUUCUCUCACUCUUCCUUUUUUUCUUUAG